AUGGCGGCCGUCGACGACAACCGCGACGUCCCGAAAUUGUUCUACGUCGACGGGCCCGGAGGUACGGGGAAAACGACGCUUUACGGCUGCCUAAUAUGGUCGCUCCGCAACAUGGGCAGAUCCGUGUUGUCCGUGGCGUUCACGGGAAUAGCGGCGACGCUCAUGGACGGUGGUAUGACCGUUCACUCGACGUUCGGUUUGCCCUUCGGUACGCUCAACGAAGAUUCUACGUCGUCAAUCGCCAUGCAGUCUCUGCGCGCGCGUAGGAUACGCGAGGCGGCACUCAUCGUCUGGGACGAAGCGCCCAUGUCUCCGGGGCUCCAACUGACGGUGGUCGACCGGUUGCUGAAGGACAUAAUGCAAUCGGAACUACCGUUCGGUGGUAAGACGGUUCUAUUCGCGGGUGACUUCAGACAGAUACUGCCGGUGGUCCGCAGGGGGACGAGGGCCGCGAUCGUGGCGGCUUCAAUCAGGCACCACCAUCUGUGGGACGUCUUCGAGCGUUUCAGCCUGACGCAGAACAUGCGGGCCAACAACGACGCGGACUUUGCCGCCUGGUUGCUUCAACUCGGCAACGGCCAGCUGCCCGCGGUCGACGGAAAUGUGAACACCGUCGAAAUCCCCAGGAAUAUGGUAUGUGACAUAGCUAAUUUGAUUGAUUUUGUUUACCCGCAGCAAAUGUCGUUGGCUAACGUCGACGACUUUGCUCGGAAAAUUAUUCUCUGUCCCCGGAAAGAGGAUUGUAGACAGGUCAAUCGCACGGUGCUGCAACGCGUCACGGGUGCCGCGAGAACCUACACCGCCAUAGACACGGUGGUGGCGGACGACGUGGACGAGAUUGCCAACUACCCGACCGAGUUUUUGAACUCGCUGGAGCCCGACGGACUUCCUCCGUACAGGCUGACGCUGGUGGUCGGUUCCGUGGUCAUGCUGCUGCGGAACCUCGAUCCGAAAAUCAGACUGUGCAACGGAACAAGGUUAGUGGUUACGGAACUGAGGCGCAACAACUUCAAAGCGAGGUUGUUGGCGGACGCGGGGGAAGGGCAGGACGACAUCGUCAUCCCCAGGAUACCGCUGUCGUCCAGCGGAGACGACGACCUGCCCUUCACCAUGCGUCGGGUUCAGUUCCCGGUGAGACUUUCGUUUGCGAUGACGAUCAACAAGUCUCAGGGUCAAACUUUCGACAGAGUUGGUUUGUUUCUGCCGUCCCCGGUGUUUACGCACGGACAACUGUACGUUGCGUUCUCACGAGUGCGGGACUCGGAAUCAAUAAAAGUUGGUAUGUAUGGUGGCGACGACGGUCGAUUUAUCACAAGGAAUAUAGUGUAUUCAGACGUGUUGUGA